AUGACUGAUCAAAGCAAUCAUGAUAUUGCGGCGAUAAACGAUCAAAUCUUUAUCUUUCAAAAUAAGAUCGUUACUCUCUGGAAACACAUAGAUGGAACUACACUUCCCACUACAAAUAAACUCCAACGGCUAUUUGAUCGCAUGGGUAGCCGGUGUCCUGCGGAGUACAUUUGCUUAUCAUAUGAGCUGAACGAUAUAAGUAUUACUACUCAUCAGUAUCAUUCUUUUUUAGAAAAGUAUGUGAGUGAGUAUCGUAAUUUGUCAACGACGCUGACAUUUGAAUCAGAGAGCGAUGGUUCAAUUGGCGGUUGUUUACAGAAAGGAAAUUUUUCGUGUGCUAGUAAGAGUGUCAAUGUAUGGCUUCAAUCUUUCAAAAACUUUUCAUCCGAAUAUUAUUCCUCUGAUGGAUAUAUACACGUUAUGCUCCAGGAACAGAAAAUAUUUUAUUACCAUGCCGAUAUUGAAGUAUUCAGAUGGUUUGGAAUUUAUUUCAUUGCUGUAAUGUUAUUUACAUUUCUACUAGCAUGCACUCUAACUUUUCUAUGUUGGAGUUCCUCUUUGAACAGGGAAGUAUUUGACUUUCUGAAAAGGUUUGAUCGGAUUCCAUUAUCAAGUAAUUCUGAUAGUAAUGACUCCAGACGACAAGAUAAUUAUAGUACGGUACAGCAAAAAACGCUCGACAAUAGAUAUGACUUAUUCAAAACUAGUCCAUUUGCCAAUAAGGUACGUGUAUACACCAUGAACCAAAUCGUAACAAGUCCUAUACUGUUCUAUGCUAUUGUUGGAAUCUUAAUUUGGAUCGUUUCAUUGUUGGCGCUAAUGACUUCUCUCCAUAUGUGGGAUUCUUCCAAAUUUUACUAUUCGAAGUGCAUCCGAUCUAAUUGGUAUCCGGAAGCUACAGCAAUGGUACAGAAAGUGAAGACUGAUGCCGACUAUUUACAUUCCAAAAUUAAGGAGAUAGUUAACUUAUUGGAAGAGAUGGGCAUUUACGUGAGUGUUUGUCAAAAGAAAUCAAUUCGAGCAGUUGUGAACACAAUAGAAAUCACUAUUGUUGGUAUGCUUUCACAAAUAAAUGUAGAAAUGCGAAACGUAUCUGUCUCAAUCGAAAAAUCAAUAUCAAAGUUACGACGAGCACAUGAGUAUUUAGAUGAAAAUCUAGCAAUCACUGAACAAUUUACUGAUUCUUUUAAACUUCUAACCGAAGUGAGCGUCGCUGUGGAUAUAGCUGAAGCUCUACAACACAGCCUUGCAAUAUCUAUCAUCUAUCAACUAAAAAUAUUAUCCCAGUUAACAAAAACAAUUGGAUCAUUACACGUAUUUACAGAAGAAAAUAAUUUAACCGUACAUAACAACGUUGUUAAAAACUGCAUAGACACUUUGAUAGAAAUCAAGAAAAAUACAAGCAAAAUUGAAAUCACAAGGAAUGAAGUCGUUGAAGUUGUCGACAGUAAACAACUAUAUGGGCUAAAGGGCAGAAUUGUAUCAUUGAGUGAAAUUAUUUUUUAUGAUAAGAUACGAACUAUUAUUGUUGGAAUUGCAAAAGCUACUGUCGGUAUUGUUGUAGGAGUACUGACCAUCAAUCUCGGAUAUACAAUAGCAAGAGUUAAUCCAUCCAUGGUCAAGAGUCCUAGCAUCGCAUUUGUCAGUGGACUGAUCUUGAUCGCCUAUGGCAUUUAUGGUAUUGUAAGUCACAUCGAUGAAUUUAUGCAACUAUCCAGAUAUCAGAGUGGACUGACAAUGUUAGACAUCGAAAGAACGAAUAUGGCAACUGUCCUGGAGCAGUUAAAAGAAUUAAUUAUCUCUCAACAAGCAAAUUCAAACUCAAUUGAAUCGGCAUUGAGUACCCUUAACUCAAUUUUGUAA